AUGUGUUUAAUCGAUAAUGAGCUCUUAAAAGUUGAAAUAUUCCAUCACGACUCUUCCGGAUUAUUUCCUUCGUCUAAAAAAUGUAGCAAGCUCCCCUACGUGAGAAAUAAAUUUCUGAAUGAUACAUGCCCAAUUUGCAUGGAACAGUUUACAGAGACAUCAUUCGUCCGAGAAUUGAAGUGCAGACACACGUUCCACGUAAAUUGCAUGAAGUACUGGUUCAAAGAAAAGACGCACUGCCCGUGUUGUCGAAGAGACUUUGCAGUUACCGCGCAGUUAACAACCUGCUACAACCAUAGGACUCUCUUUACAAAAACUGGCAAGAAGAUCAUUUCAGUGACGCUAUUCACUGGAGCUGAAAUUGUUCAAUGA